CCAUUUCUGUCUGGCUACUUGCAUCAUCGCCUGCUGGCGCCCCCUUCUCCGCCCUUGCGCCCUCCCUCCUCCUCGUAACAUACGAACAUAAUGCUAUCAAAACAAAUGAUUGCGGUCGCGCGGGCUCGCGGACUUGCGGGCAGAGGCGCGAGCGCUGUCGCCAUGGCUCGGGGCUGGCAGGUCGCUGGCUCGUAUACUUCACGCGCUCAAUUCCAUGCCUCGAGACUCGUCCAAGGUGCGGGUCAAUGCGCUUCGAUCGAAUGGCGCCGAUAUGAACGUUUUACAGCGGAGACCGUGAAGGUGCCGCAAAUGGCCGAGUCGAUCAGCGAGGGUACGCUCAAGGGCUGGGCGAAACAAGUCGGCGACUUCGUUGAGGCGGACGAGGAGGUGGCGACCAUCGAGACGGACAAGAUCGACGUGACGGUGAACGCGCCCCAGGCAGGCAAGAUCGUCGAGCUGCUCGCCAACGAGGAGGACACCGUCACCGUCGGCCAGGACUUGUUCCGGAUAGAACCGGGCGAGGCCGGAGAAUCAAAACCGGCACCGAAAGAGGAGGAUGCGGGCGAGGACAAGAAGUCGAAGAAGACGGAGGACAAGGAGGAGCCGAAGGACCAGCAGGUCGACAAGUCUGCACCGGCACCGCCUAAACCCGAGGAAGACAAGGGCAAGAUCGACUCGCCGCCGCUGCUCGAGAAGGGCGCGAGCAACAAGAAGGAGGACAACCCCGCGCCUGCGCCGAAGAAGAAGGAGGAGAAGAAGAGCGAGCCUGCGCCACCGAAGCCGGUCGCCGGCAGCAGGGGAGAGACCAGGGUCAAGAUGAACCGCAUGAGGUUGCGCAUCGCCGAGCGCCUGAAGCAAUCGCAGAAUGCGGCGGCGUCGCUGACGACGUUCAACGAGAUUGACAUGUCCUCGAUCAUGGAGUUCCGCAAGAAGUACAAGGACGAGGUGCUCAAGGCGCACGACGUCAAGCUCGGCUUCAUGAGCGCCUUCGCCAAGGCGUGUACCCUCGCGCUCAAGGAGAUCCCUGCUGCCAAUGCCUACAUCGAGGGAGAGGAGAUUGUGUACCAUGACUUCGUCGACCUCAGCGUGGCUGUCGCAACGCCGAAGGGCCUUGUGACGCCCGUAGUGCGCAAUGCGGAAGGCAUGAACUUCAUUGAUAUUGAGAAGGAGAUUGCAAACCUCGGGAAGAAGGCACGCGACGGCAAGCUCAGCCUCGAGGAUAUGGCCGGCGGAACCUUCACGAUAUCGAACGGCGGCGUCUUCGGGUCGCUCUACGGCACGCCGAUCAUCAACCUGCCGCAGUCUGCUGUCCUCGGUAUGCACGCGAUCAAGGAGAAGCCCGUCGUCGUGGACGGCCAGAUCGUCAUCCGGCCGAUCAUGGUCGUCGCGCUCACGUACGACCACAGGCUGCUGGACGGACGGGAGGCGGUGACGUUCCUCGUCAAGGUCAAGGAGUACAUCGAGGACCCGCGGAAGAUGCUGUUGGCGUGAACGAGUUCAGGGGCGCGUGGCGGCUGGACGUGAGAGGAAGACGUCGUCGUCGAAGCUUAAUGCGGACAAAGUAUGAUGGUUACAACGUCUUGUUGCUGUCGUGUCCGGUUGUCAUAUACAGAUAUACAAUGGGCAACGUCUCUGUUUCUAUCGCUUCC